AUGGCAGUCCCGACGAAGGAGGUGCAGAUCAUCAAGGUUGAGACCAGCGACGGCUUCUUCGUUGCACUCGACCAGACAGCCUCUCGGAACGACCCCAUACUGCAGCGCUACGGCGUUCCCGUCGAGACUUUCGACAAGGGCGAAUUGUCUAGGAAACUGCACCAGAUGCGCUCGCGAAUCUUCACCGACCCGAAGUUUAACGGCUCGCGCGUGAUCGCCACCACGUUGUCCGAGGACAGCAUGGAUCGCAAGGUGUCUGGCAUGCCCACCGCCAAGUACUUGUGGCAGGUGAAGCACGUGGUGCCCUUUCUGAGAGUGGACCGGCAGUACGCCAAGGAGACGAAUGGCGUGCGGCUGAUCAACGACACCUCGAAGCUCGACAAGCUGCUGGACAAGGCGUGCUCUGCUGGCAUGUUCGGGACGAAGGCCCGCAACAGCAUUCGGCUCGCGAACGCGGCGGGCAUUAAGGCAGUGGUGGACCAGCAGUUCGAGAUCGCGAGCAAGGUGAUGGCCAAGGGGCUGGUGCCCAUCCUGAUGCCCGAGGUGGACAUCAGCUCGCCGGACAAGGGCGCCUGCGAAGAGCUCCUGCUCGACGCCUUGAUGGCCGGCCUGCAGAAGCUGCGCUCCGACGAGAAGGUUAUUUUCUGGCUCACCUUGCCCACCAAGUCGAACCAGUACUUCCCCCUCAUCCAUCACCCCAACUCCAUCAGGCUGGUGGCGCUGUCCGGCGGCUACAACAGGGGCGAGUCCUGCCAGAUGCUGAAGCAGAACUGCGGGAUGGUGGCCGGCUUCGGGCGGGCCUUCACCGAGGAGAUGAGAUAUUCCAUGUCGGACAAGGACUUCUCCAAGGUGCUCGACGAGGCCUGCGAGCAGGUCUUCAGAGUCUCCAAGCGCAUGCCGGUGAGGGAGGAGCAGGCGGUGAAGGUCAGCGGACAGGAGGGCUUCUUCGUGGCCCUGGACCAGACUGGCAACAACACCAGGCGGAUCUUGGAGAGCUACGGAUGGGCUUCCGACGAGCUCGGUGACCAAACGAGCUUGCAGGCCAAACUCCAUGCCUUCCGCGCCCGCGUGUUCACGCACCCGCGCUUCAACGGCUCGCGCGUGAUAGGCGUGCUGCUGUCGACGGACACGAUGGACAUGGAGAUCGCCCAGCUGCCCACUCCGCAGUACCUGUGGGAGCAGAAGAAGGUGGUGCCCUUCCUGAGAGUCGACCGUGGUGUCAUGGACGAGGCGGACGGCGUCCAGCUCAUGCGGGACAUUCCCAGAUUGCCCGCCACCCUCGAAAAGGCAACGCAGCUGGGCUUCUUCGGGGUGAAGCACCGGAACAUCGUCUUGCAGCCGAAUUCAUACGGCAUCAAGCAGGCUGUCGAGCAACAGUUCGAGGUGGCGAGGCUGGGCCUCAAGGCGGGCCUGGUGCCGAUCAUCCAGAUCGAAGUGGACAUCAACUCCCCGGACAAGGCGGAUUGCGAGCGGAUCCUGCGCCAGUCGCUCAUGUCUGGCCUCAGGACCAUAGACAAGAAAGACAAGGUCAUCCUGCUCCUGAGCAUCCCGACCAAAGCGGACGCCUUCAGGCCCCUCAUGGAACACGACCAGGUGCUCCGCGUGCUGGCGAGCUCGGGCGGGUACAGGCGCGAACAGGCCUGCGACAAGCUGCGGGAGAACGCUGGGCUCGUCGCCUCCUUCGGGCGCGCCUUCCUCGACGCCAUGAACCGCAGGCAGACGGACAACGAGUUCGCCCGGGCCAUGGACGAGUCCUGCGACGCCAUCUUCCAGGCCUCGCGCCAAAGGGCGGACGCCUUCCUCCCGGCCGCCGGCGGCGCCGCACCCGGCGAUGAACCCCGCGGGCAGGCCCGGAAGAGCACCCGCGCGCAGUCUUGUGGCGACGAGCUCUCGGAGCACGAGGCGCGGUCGAAGAGCAACGCCCGGAAGAUGACCGAUCCACAGGCCCCAGAGCCCCACGCGCGGACGGGCAGCAAGGCCUCGCGCGGCCCGCCGAAGAAGAGCGUGGCCGCCCCGGCGCCGAAGAAGAGGGAGGCCGAGGGCGCGGACGCCGACGCCGACUCGUCCUCGGACCCCGUGACGCCCGACCAGGUCUCGUCGCCUUGCGAGAGGGACGACUCCCCUUGA